AAACUGUAGUUUCACCAAAACAAUAUAAGGUUGUUGAGUUGAGUUUCACUCUUUUUAGCGACCAUAUUUAAUUCACUGCAUAAUAAACGACGAAAUAUUACACUCCAUGAUCCAAACCGAACCCAUACUUCUUUUACCAGAUGCAGCCAAACCCAGAUAAUGGACACCACAUGGAAGAUAAUACAUAGCCCACAUCCACAAUAUAAUUCUAAAAGUUUAAAAUUUUCCGGGUUCAUUUGGAUUUUAGCUAUACAUUACUAAAUUAUUGACCCUUAUAAAUGUUUAGCUGAAAUGUUUUAUUUUUUCUACUACAAAUCAGUUUGUUCCUUCAAUUAUUUGGCGCAUGUUGGUCUCUUUGCCUGCUGUUUUUAUUGAUGGUUAUCGGUUGUUACCAACGGCAGAAAGUGGCGGUUAGGAUUUGUUUUGUGUUGGGUUGGUGUAGUUAUGUCGCAGAAGAGGCAGCCUGAGGAGGGUAAGCCUCGUUCUGAUGGGGGUAGUUCUGAGGAGAAGAGGAGGAGGUUUAAUUUGAGAAAUGUGGUUCAGGAGGUUAUUAAGAUGCAAUCUGUCCAGAAUUUAUUGGAGCCGAUUCUGGAGCCAUUGAUUCGUAGAGUGGUCAAAGAGGAAGUUGAAUUGGCUCUUAAAAAACAUUUGGCGAAUAUUAAGCGAAACUGUGGGAAAGAAAAUGAUUUCAUUGAAUCGAAGAGCUUUAAACUGCAGUUCUCAAACGGCCUUUCUCUUCCGGUGUUUACUGGAGCUCGAAUUGAAGGAGAAGAAUGCUCUUCGAUCAAAGUAGUUCUUAUUGAUACUUUCACUGGAAAAAUUGUUAAUACUGGCCCUGAGUGCUCUGCAAAGGUGGAAAUUGUUGUUCUCGAAGGAGAUUUUGAUUGUGAAGAGAGUGAAAAUUGGACACAUGAUGAUUUUAAGAAUAAUAUUGUCAGAGAGAGAGAAGGAAAGAAACCUCUUCUUACAGGAGAUGUGUUUCUAAAUCUAAAUGAGGGGAUUGGUUUGGUGGGUGAGAUUUCAUUUACAGAUAAUUCGAGCUGGACUAGAAGUCGUAGGUUCAGAAUUGGGGCAAGAGUUGUUGAUAGUUUUGAGGGAACUAAUGUUAGGGAGGCAAAGACAGAAUCCUUCAUUGUCAGGGAUCACCGAGGAGAAUUGUAUAAGAAGCACCACCCUCCAUCUCUUUUUGAUGAGGUGUGGAGAUUGGAAAAGAUCGGCAAAGAUGGGGCUUUUCAUAAGCGUUUGAGCCGGGAAAAUAUUAAAACUGUUAAGGAUUUCCUGACACAGCUUUUUCUAGACCCUCAACGCCUUCGCCAUAUUCUUGGGACAGGCAUGUCUGCCAAAAUGUGGGAAGUUACGGUAGAGCAUGCUCGGACAUGUGUGCUUGAUAAGAGACUGUACUUGCAUUUUGCUCCCAGUUCUCAACAAAAAAGUGGAGUGGUCUUUAAUGUCGUGGGACAACUAACGGGACUGCUCUCAGACUGCCAGUAUGUUCCUAUUGAUAAGCUGGCGGAACCUGAAAAGGCUGAUGCUCAAAACUUGGUUAUUGCUGCUUUUGAACAUCCCGACGAGGUCAUUACUUUUGAGGAUGAAGCCUGUCUGGUGGACGGCUCUUCACGCUUGUCUAACAUCCCUUACCCCCCGAACUCUCCCAGGACUGACUCUAACGGGGACAAACUUUUGGCUUCACAUAAAAUUGGAGAAUUUGAUUAUGCACCACCAAAUGCAUCAUCCCCGGAUAUCAUUUCAUCUAUGUAUUCUGUUGGAGGUGUGAGCGGCUUGGAUGAUUAUGCAUUGCACAAUAUCGAAAAUAUGGGUCUUAGAUAUGAUCAGAGUUUGAGUUUCCCAGGCCAUGUCCCUAACACCCUCAUAUGCGAUACAGAUACCAUGACUCGGGCUUUCUGUGAUGAUGAUCAUCUGAGGUUUUUUGAUUCAGAUCUUCAGUCUCAGAACCUUAGUUUGGAAGCACCGGCAGAUUUACAGAGCGCACUUGAUAGCUUCUUGUUGACGCGUUCAACAGCUGUUGCUGUCGAUAAAGCUCAAAGGAGAUGGACAAAGAUCUCUAGUGUGUUGAAAUGGUUCUCUAUUAUGAGACGCGUGGCUUCGAAAAAGACCCGUGUUUCCGAAAUUCAUAGAUACAAGUGAUGGACAUGGCAAUAGUUUUUAUGAUGUUACAGUGGAAAGAGUAGUAUUAGCCGAGUGCUGCCCGAGUAAUUAAAAUCCGUGUGCAGUUGUAGAGACAAAUUGGCUUCGACAGUUGUGUAAUACAUGGCUCGGCUUGGUUGUGAAAAUUAGGAAACUAUUUUUGUUUUACAGUUGCAAUGUAAAUAUGUAGUUUUGAUGCAUACAUGCAAUCAGAGGCAGGUUAUUGGUUGUAAUUUUUCAAAGUUGAGUGCAGAAUACAAAGAGUGAAAGCUGCAAAACUGGUAUGCUCAAAAUCCUGUAGUUUUUAUGUUGAGUUUAUCAUUUUGUAUUUGUGGAAUUUGCUCAAUCAAAGGCAACUGAAUCAUAGGUGUUUA